UCAGCAAUAUGGACGACUACAUUGAUAACGAUGAGAAUGAAGAAUAUUUUUAUGAAGAUAGGGACGAAGGAAUCGAUGAAUUGGUCGAAGGGAAGUCGAGUGAGAAGGCAUCCUCCACUAUUCCUGUCCAUUCCACAGAAAUUGAGGGAAUGGUUAGAAUUAACUUGUCAGAGUUGACCCAGAAAAUAAUCGGUUGUGAGAUUGAUGAAAAUGUUACGACUGAAUAUCCAUGGUUAUUUGUGAAGAAAGAGAUAAUAGAAGAUAAUUUGGACUUGCAUGUUGAGAGCAGUGACUUUCUUCCAAUUCGGGAUAAAAUUUUUAAAUAUCCUGAUGAUACUAUGUUGAUUGGUUUAGCGCCAAGUAGAACGAAUAGUCCAGAAUUCUAUAUUUGCUUAACGGAAAGCAGUCGUGAUACAGUGGUCAGACAAAUUGAAUCAUCAAGAAAUAAUCAAGAGAAUCGUGUGAAAAAUGCUGUUUUCAGAGAGGCUGGUUAUUGGCAGCAAUUAAGUAGUGCUGAAAAUAUGGAGGAGACGAUUAUUAUGAGUGCAAGACCUCUUCUACAAAGUGAAAUCGUUGUGAAACGUGACUUUCUAAAAAGUCGAAUUGUAUUGGCUGAUCGUAAUGCCGAUGAGCAGCGAGACAGUUACGUAGAACUCGUAACUUCGAGACAGACAUUUAACAACGUAAUCAAGAGACUUGUAUCCCACGGCGAUGAUACCAAUCCCGAAACUUGUGACAACACAGCUCAAACUUGCUCUCAAAAACCUCUAAACUCUUGGUUUCAAUACAGCACGUACGACUAUAAGCCGAUCAAUACAGAAGCUUAUAACGAGGAAGAAGCGAGAGCUAUUCGAAAACUUCUGCGUAUACAUGAGAAAAAUAUGUGCGACAAAGUGUUGAUGAAUACAGCAUGGGAUAUUCACACAGAUGAAUGCAAGAAAUUGGUUCGAGAUAAGAAAGAUACACAGACUCCACUGCCUGUUGUUUACACUGAAUAUCAAAAUUAUCAUAGCAUUGAAAUAACUAAGGACAAAGUCAUUAACGAUCUGUGUUGGCACCCACUCUGGACAGGCAUUGCAAUAGCAACUUAUACAGAUCACUCGAAAAGUGAAUAUCUCACUGAAAAAUCUCCGAGCAAUCAAGUUUUGAAUAGACGUUUACAAGAUGAUAACUAUGUUUUAAUCUGGUCGUUGAAUGACUGUCUCAAGCCAAAAUUGAUUCUCCAUUGCUUCAGGGAAGUAACAAGCAUUUCCGUUCGACCACUUGAUGGCAAUAUCGUGGUCGGUGGUUGCUGCAAUGGCCAGAUCGCGAUAUGGCAGAUAUCGGGACAAAUCGAACGUGUAGAAACUAUCAGUGCAAUUACCCCAACACAAGCCAAAGCUACAAGAACACUUAAAAAUUUAAUGAAAUGGAUGAAAGGAUUAGAAGAAAACAAUAGCAUUCGUCCAACAGCAAUGUCAUUACUUCAGACUAGUCAAAAAGGUGCUAUAACCCAAAUUACUUGGCUGCCGUUAUACACUAGAAUUGGUCAGAAUGGAAGAUUUGUUCAACUAAAAGAUACAGAGAUUGAUACCAACGAGAUUGGAUGGCAAUUCAUGACGUCCAGUGAGGAUGGUACAGUGGCCUUUUGGGAUUUAAGAGUACAAAAUGACAGCAAUGUAACCGUGCAAAAGAAUAGACAAGCGAUUUAUAAGCAUGAAGCAUUAAAACAAUGGAUUUCACCGCUAAAGGCACUUGAUGAUGUUUUAACGCCCACAUACAUGCUGAUGGUUAAACAUCCAGAGGAGGAACGUCGUGUCUCUAUCACAACCAUGAGUGUUUAUGUACCAGCAAAUGAAAAGAUUCAAAUAGAACCUUUUUCAAAGAGCACUGAUAUCGCUAUUAGGAAAUACUAUAAACACGUGAAGAGAGAGGCAAACGAUGUUAUGUCGAAGAUGAUAUUCAUUGGUACCCUGGAGGGUGAUGUAGGGGUAAUAACAUGGGAUGGCUUUGAAUUUGCCAAUAGUUUAACAAUUAACCGAGAAGUAACUAGCUGGAUCUGGCGGAACACUCUCAUCCACGAUGGACCCGUUACCCACUCCGUUAGAUCUAAAUAUCUGCAUGAUGUUAUUAUUACUGUUGGUGGCAAAGCAUUUGCCAUUUGGAGAGAAGAUUUUCCCAAGCCUAUUCUUAUGAAACGAUCGACAGUUAGAUAUACUACAUGCUCGUGGGGUACAUCUCGCCCUAGUGUUGUAAUAGUGGCGCGUGUGGAUGGCACAAUAGAAAUAUGGGAUCUAAUCAUCAAGAGUCAUGAGCCAUGUUUUAUUCAAAGCCUAUCCGGAAAAAUCAUCUCCGGAAUCUACACGCAUGAACUUCACUUAAAUCCUCAAUGCGUUGCAUUUUGCGAUUAUAACGGUUCAUUAAGAAUUUUUUUAGCUCCAGCAAAUCUCUUGAUCUUCGAAGAGAGUCAUGUUAAGUGGAUGAGAUCAUUUAUCGAUCGAGAGGUCGACAGGAUACAAGAAUUUGAUAAGUGGCAAAGUUCUUGGAAGGAGAAGAAAUCUCAAAGUAAAGAAAAACAUGGGACCCAAAAAGAAGAAGAGAAAGAGGAGGAGACGAGGAAAGGAGAGGCUGAAGAAAAGGCUCGAGCGGAAAUGACUGAAACGAGCGGGAAAAUCGGCUUGACGCAACCGCAACAUAAACCUGGACAAUUUAUUGAAGAAGCAAAGAAUCGGUGGAACUCAAUGGAGCUGAAACGAAUGCAGCAGAUAAUUCUAGAAAAAAAAGGACUAAAGGCCGACGAUCUUGAUGAAAGACAAGCGCCAGUACUCAAAUUGCGCAGAGAGGCAAAAUUGAAAAAGAAGAGAGUUGAGGAAACACUGCGAAAUAAAAAUAAAAUAUUCCAUGAGGCUGUGAAUUUCGUACUUCCCGAAAGUGAUUAUAAACAAAUGCAUUAUCCACCUGACAAGACCACCAGAAAAGAUAUUCGAGCUACUGCUGAGUCUUUAUGGGAUACUGGAAAAACAGAGCAAGAUGAAAUGGAGGCACUUAUUGAAAGUAUAGAGGCUGAACAAACUGAGGAAGAAAGGGCAGAUAUACUCAAUGAAUAUACUAAGAUUUGCAACGAAACAUUGAAAUCAAUGAAGGAGCACCCCUUCAAGGAUUUUUUUAAUUGGCGUCAAAUGAUAAAUGACGGUGAGCACAGGCGACGCUCUCUCGAUGUCCAACUUCGGAAUACAUUGAAAAAACGGAGCAAGGCACCAAAAAUCCUUUGAUUCCAUAUACUCAUGCAAUUCAACCUAACAAUUAUUAUUGUGGAAAACUAUUUCGAGUGUGUAUAGAACUGUCAUUCAAGUGUCAUGUCCUCCAUCAAGAUGUGAGUCAAUCAACGCUGGUUCCCCAUA